AGUAGGCUAGCAGUAGCCUGUCUGUACGCUUCUCUACAGAUAGCGCUGCAGUCGCUAUUUUGAAGCUCUCUUUCGUUUCCCCUGAAGAAGAAUAGGAAUAGCACCCCUUGCACGCAUCUUUGAUCUCUCGCCUGCCCAAAAUAUUAUUGGGAGUGUGGCUUCGUGGUUAGAAAAAUAACAGUAGGCCUACAAGAUUGGGAGCAUAGCCGAUCUAGCCUGCAUUGCAAUGGUUUACUUCCGUCUCCCAAUCUCCCAGAGCUGUUGAGAACAAGAGUCGCUAGACACUCCAAAGGUUCUUGGAUUUCACCUGUCAUUUUGAUUGUUGUGUUGUAGUGUUGUCUUCUCGCCGCCUUCGGCUUCUGGCGCAAAUCAGGCAGUAGAAAUCUACUGUUCACGUUGGGUUGACCGGAUUGUUUACAUUCUUAGCCGUCCCCUCGACAUUCCAGAUGUUUAAAAUUAUCAAGUUCCCUGAACAAGGGGAAGUUGGCAUGAUUUCCCAUGCCUGGAAGAUAAAUGAAUCAGAAGUGUGGCAUCCGCAUGGCCGAAAUAAAGCCACUCUCAAUAAAAUGAUACGAGCCCAUGCUGUCCCUGUUCCUGGCCCUGACUGGAAGAAACAUAAAGUAUGGACCAUUUAUGAAACUGAUGAUUUUGACAAAGCCAGACAGAAACUCCGCGCCGCAGAAGAAACCAGUGAUCUUGAUACGGGUUCAGAGAGGAAGAGAAAACUGCAGAAAAGAUUGCAGUCCAGUGCCUCUUCUUCAGACGAUGAUGAAUACAACUCCAAACGAAGGAAAAGUUCCUCUAGGAAGAGAAAACAGUCCAGUUCCUCUUCUUCUGACAGUGACGACUACAACUCUAGACGAAGGAAAACUGCCAUUAGGAAAAGAAGACGUUCCCGUUCCUCUUCUUCUGAUGAUGAUGAAUACAACUCUAGACGAAGGAGAAGUGCCUCUAGACGUGGCAAAUCAGUGUUGAAAUCUCAUGGCAAGACCCGGAGGAAGAAAAAGAGACGUGACGAGUCCUUUACAGAGACUGAACACCAACCAGGACCUUCCUCUCGAACUUCAUCACCUCAACCACCUCCAGUCACUGUUCUUCCCACCCUUGAAAUGCUUCACAUGCACACGGAGCAAAUUUCAAAACUUCAUGAGCUUAUACUGUCAGUGAAAAAUGAAAUUCUUGAAGCAGUACGUGUAUCUAAUGAUAAGCCUCUAGAGUACAUCUGUAAGUCUCUAGAUGACUUCCAAAAUGAAUCAUAUAACAGCAUACCAGAAGGAGUGACGUUACCAAUAUCAUCUUUACGAGAGUUUGAGAAGGCGGAGGAAAUGUUGUCAAGUCCUUCAGUGGCAGACCACAUGGUCAAUUAUCUCGCCCUGCUUGGAGGUGUGAAAGUCAAACAGACCGCAUAUAUCAUCUUGAGGCAUGUACUUGCGCCCCAAUUUGCAACUACAAUCACUUGGACAGGUUCCAAGCAGACCAAAAUGGCAUUCUGUGGAACAAGAUGGGAGGAGGUCAUCCUACGAGCCAUUCGCAGAAAUCCUCAUUUGAAAGAAACGACAGCCCUGGACUAUCGACAUGCUGUACAGGAUUUUUUCCGGACUGCUCCCGAUAGGAAUGGGGCACGGAGGAAGAGGAGACAGAAGCAGGAAAGGGAAAACCCGAUUUCUGAACCAACCACCUCUCGCUAUGAUUAUCAUCCAAUAUAAUUAUAAUAUGUCUUUCCCUCUUGGCUACCACAACACUUCCUCAGCUGCAGAAUAUGAACGCAUACACACACACACACAGACAGUUAAAUACGGAUGAGUUGAUGUCUUCAGGGUAGUGACAAAAAGAGCAACUCAUUCGAAGCUCAGCUUUAGGCAAAAUCAAGGGACAUAACUAAAUUUUUUCUCCUGCUCAUUUUAAUUUUAGUGGUAUGGUAAAAAUGGCAGCCCCAGGAAUGGUUAUCAAUAAUGUUCAUUCACUUCAUCAAUCACUGUGUGCUUGUGUGUGUGUGUCAAGGGUGAAAGUUUUUCGGCUCCUAUUUGAACUCAUCUUCGGGCCUCCCUCCGGCUCCACCGGCUGGGCAAGUCUUCCAUAGCCGGCUACAUGACAGUAAUUUUUAUUUCGUCGGCGUGCAACAAAUUUCCGGUUUUAAAAAAUAUGUCUGCCGACGGCCGACACCAGUACUUUUGGUAGGGCUGGGUACUAUUCAUUUUUUAAAAAAUCUGAAUAAAUGGGUGCCUAGUAUUAAAAAAUUCGAAUAGC